AUGACCGAUAUCUGGAGCGGAGAGAUCCUGCUUCCAGGCGGCCAGUCUGUCAAAGAUGUCGGCUUUUCGGCACCUACUGUUGCGUCUUCACCAGCCAUAACCGCAGCAUCGUUGCGCUUUCUCUCGACUGUCGAUACCGCGAAAAUCCCCUUGUAUCUCGCUGCUGGGCCCAGUUAUGACGUCUGGACAACGAGUGAAGCCUCGGAAGCAUGGUUCGAGUCGAUAUUGCUAAGCCAACCUUCAACGGCUGCACCCAGCAAUGGCACACUCGACUGGUGGACAUUGGCGAGGGCACAGUCACCAAUUGGCGUACUGGUACAGGUUCAUGCUCGAGAGGAUGCACCGCAAAAGCCCAGGAUCACGGAGGUCCUCUUCUAUGGAACAAUUGCUGCUGCGCCGACCAUCGAAGGUCUGCCAACACCACCCUCCUCACAAGACGUCCCUAACGCUCAGCCAGGGCUCCUGCCUGAGCUACGCGUACACGCACUGCCGUUGUCGUCCGAUCUCCUGUAUCAGAACCCAGCUUCUUCGGUCCUACCACCUUCGCCAACACCGAACACGACCGACCAGCCUGGUGAGAUCGAGGCUCAAUUUCUGCACACUUUACACGACUCCCACACCGCUCCAAAAUCGCCAAAACGCAAGCGAGAUUUGUUUGAGGAGGCAACAAUUGCGAAGAGGAAGGCUAAAGGCAAGGGCGGAGAAGGUGUCGCAGCUGCUGCAGCUCGAGCGACUGGAUCCCAACGUCCAUACACUCACCGCAAGUCCAUCUCAAUUGACUCAAAGGCAUCUCCGUUGCUAGACUCUCGCCCUUCGUCUGCACAUGGUCCCUUACCUCGUCCUCCGUCUCGUCAGCUAUCUCGAUCGACUAGCAUCAGUUCCGACAUCAGACCACUCAGCCGAAAGGACACAGCAGAAGCACACGGCAGGCGCACGCACCUAUCACGGGUCGACACGAUCUCUUUGCAGCCUGAAGAGCCUACUACUGAAUCGAGAAACAAAGAGGCCUUGACAAAGGUCGUUAUGGCGGCGAUGCGCAUGCAUGGGUUGCAACAGCGGAAAAGGAUCAAGUCCCGUAGAGCAUCUACGGCUCCUGGGCUGGAAGAGAGCCAGCCUGUGAGCGAAGACAUCACGGCAGAGGAUGCUGCGAAAGACGAGGAGUUCAAGCUGAUCUACCAUCAAACAUACAAAGGGGCAGCCUUGGCUUUGAGGAAGCACAUGACGGAGAAACCGUUGCACGCUCAACCAGACCGAAUGCGCGACCUCGUCGAACAAUUCCUUACCCUAUUCCUUACCGAUCCACUUGCACAACCGUUACCGUCGGACGAACCGACUAAUCCAGUCGCUACACCCGGUAUCAAGCAGGUUGGUAUAUUUGGAUCGUCUCACCACCACGCAAGCCCCUUUGAUUUGCCCAGUGGCAUGAGACGACCACCCAUGAUGAGGUCUCAGACCGAUGGUCAGGUCUACAUAGGCUCUCCAGUUAGCAAGAGAAAUUUCAAUGAUCGCAAGCUCGACGAUGUGUGA